AUGAAGAGCGGCCCUGCGCGGUACUCGUUCGAGUGGAGCGUGGACGAGGACUACAACCAGUACAACCACAAGGAGAUUAGGGACGGCUACGACACUGAGGGCUCUUAUUCGGUGGCGCUGCCCGACGGCCGCGGCGAGGCCCAGUAUCCCAACGCCAAGCAGGGCGGCUACCAAGCGCAGGGCGACUACCAGGCCGCGCUGACGCCCACCAAGUCCCAGCAGGGCUACGCCCCCAGGCCCGCUGCCAGGCCCCAGCAGGGCUACGCCCUCAGGCCCGCUGCCGGGCCUCAGCAGGGCUACGCCCUCAGGCCUACUGCCGGGCCCCAGCAGGGCUACGCCCCCAAGCCCGCCGCAAGACCCCAGCAGGGCUACGCCCCCAGGCCCGCUACCAGGCAGCAGCAGACCAACUCGCGCCUCCAGCAGACCUUCUCGCGCCCCCAGCAGAGCUACUCCCGGCCCCAGCAGAGCAGCGCCCAGCCCCAGCAGAGUUACUCUCGGCCCCAGCAGAGCAGCGCCCAGCCCCAGCAGAGCUACUCCCGGCCUCAGCAGGGCUACGCCCCCAGGCCCGCUGCCAAGCCCCAGCAGACCUACUCGCGUCCCCAGCAGACCUACUCGCGCGCUCAGGAGACUUACUCGCGCCCUCAGCAGAGCAGCGCCCAGCAUCAGAGCUACUCCUGGCGCGAGCAGGGGUACUCGCGCCCUCAGGUCCGCCCUACGUAUGCGCCGCGCACGUACAGCGCCUCUAGCAAGAGCUACGCGAAGUCGACGACGGCGCCCUCUGAGGAGUACGGGGCGCCGGCCAGCACCGCAGCGUCCGCCGCCUACCCUUCGUACAAGACCAGCAGCGCACCGGCUUCCUAUCCCUCUUACGAGACCAGCAGCGCACCCAGUGAGCAGCACGGAGCGCCGGCCAGCACUGCGGCGCCCGUCGCCUACCCCUCGUACAAGACCAGCAACGCACCCAGUGAGCAGCACGGAGCGCCGGCCAGCACUGCGGCGCCCGUCGCCUACCCCUCGUACAAGACCAGCAGCACACCGGCUUCCUAUCCCUCUUACAAGACCAGCAGCGCACCCAGUGAGCAGCAUGGAGCGCCGACCAGCACCGCAUCGCCUGUUGCCUACCCCUUGUACAAGACCAGCAACGCACCCAGUGAGCAGCACGGAGCGCCGGCCAGCAUUGCGGCGCCCGUCGCCUACCCCUCGUACAAGACCAGCAGCGCACCGGCUUCCUAUCCCUCUUACAAGACCAGCAGUGCACCCAGUGAGCAGCAUGGAGCGCCGACCAGCACCGCAUCGCCUGUUGCCUACCCCUCGUACAAGACCAGCAGCGCACCCAGUAAGCAGCACGGAGCGCCAGCCAGCACCGCGGCGCCCGCCGCCUACCCCUUCUACAAGACCAGCAGGGCACCGGCUGCCUAUCCUUACAAGAUCAGCAGUGCACCGGCUGCCUACCCCUCUUACAAGACCAGCAGCGCACCCAGUGAGCAGCACGGCGUUCCCGCCAGCUACUAG